UUGUAAUGAAUGGGCAUGUCCGACAGUGCAGAUAGUAGGAAAAUAAUAAAAAUAUUUACUUAUACCGGAAAUAUUGUUAAUUCUCUUAUUUCAAGUUUAGCCUACAAAUGUGGAAAAUCCCUCCCGUUCGUAAAUAGUACCUUGGCGCGACCAAUUUUUGCUUUACAUGAUGUUCCUGUAAUUCAGACAAACGACACAUCCUUGAUAGGAAUAAAUCACAUAUCUACAGAUGAUUCCCCGACAGUAGGAGGUACUUUAAUAUUUACAUAUAUUUAAUAUAUUUACCGAAAACAAUUUAAGUACGGAAACAAAAUAAAUAACUGGAAAGAAUUAACUGUAGCCAAAAUAGGAAAAUGAAUCAGUGAGUUUUACAUCUUUCCGGUUUUGAACGGUCAAGGGUAAAUUCAGGUACCCGGGUUUUGUUUGCAACUAUUAUGGCUAGACAGGCACUGCGGCUUGUGUACUAAAACUUAUUUCCGUACAGUAAAAUGUAGAAUUCUACGGAUCGGUGCUGCAUUUAUUCACAUUUUAGCAAUUCACUAACAGGAGGCAGCAUCUCCCGGGUCGUUUUAUUCUCACUUUGACCAGGCAGAUAUUUUGCCUCCAGACGGCACCCUUAAGCGCCCGUUUUAUGAAAAUUUAUGAAUGGAGUUGAAACACCUUACUUAUACCACCGUGCUCUACACUCAUGAAUACUGAUGAUAGAAUGUCAUAACUACUCAUAAGCAUAAGUCAUAACCUCAAAACCAUAACCAAUGCGAUAAGCGAUAACCAAAGAUAUUACAUAAUUGUGUAGGGCCUGCCAAGUUGAGUGGGAAAAUUUGAGCCGGUUUAUCUAUACCACUUCAAUACACUUAUAGACCCAUAAGUCUGUCUUCGUUUCUAUAUCUCUCUCGUGUUAUCAUAUUGGGCGUACAUAAACCUAUCCUUAUGCUACAACUAAAUCUCAAGGCAGAUGGCUCUGCAGUCGCAAAAUUUCUGUCAACUUGUAACACAUUUGAAAAUUGAAAGAAAACAACUGCCGGACGCCAUCCGCCAUUACAGAUACCCCUACUUCUAACGGUGUUCUGACGUAUGUGUGACGCACGCACAGGUGUGACGCGCUGCGGCACAUGAGCAAUAACGGUAAUAAAUUUGCGCGAUUUUGAAUUUGAAAAAUUUAAGUGUGUGAGUGCGAAUACGUGUCGAACACCAACAAGAAGUAAAUACCUACCGAAAAUUAUUUGAAGGAACGCCAUGACGAGAAGAUAUUGUAUUAUUUGUGGCAACAACACAGAAAAUGCGAAGGCACUGCAUUGUUUUCCUCGAUCGCUUGCUAGAUUACGUGAAUGGGGAGAAGCACUAAAAAUCGAGAAUAUAGAAAAAAAGUGAAAGCACACUGGAGAAUUUGCAGUGAAUACUUUUCCGCAAAUUUUUACGCUAACAAUUGGUCAGCAACUUUAAAUCGAAAUGCAGUACCUUCGCAAUACAUCCAAACUUCCGAGACUGAGAUCAUUGAAGAGAAUGUGCUGCAGCCACCAACUGUGACACCCCCAGUUCUUCCGGUCGAACCGUUAAUGGUUACAGAUGAAGACAUACAUUUUUCAACACCAAUUAAAGUUCCCUCCACUCAUCCUGUUCCAUCGACAUCAAAAGGAAGUGCUUCUCUGAUGUAUGAUACUUCUAUGCUCACUUCUUUGCAUGAAACGCCUACUUCUUCUUGUUCUUCUAUUAAUUUUCGUCAAAAUGCGACGAUUUUGUCUACUAACGAGUCCAAAGCACCAUCGAUUAGUAGAUCUUUGUUUAAGAAAUGUGAUCUCAAUUUCUCGUGGAAAAGGUGUACUCCACGCGAAAAGAAAUUGAGAUCCAUACUUAAAUAAAGAUUUUGAUUUCUAGUUUCUGUUUUAUUAUUAAAUAAAAAUUAUUGUGAUAUCCUCGCAGUUUCAAUAAUUUUUAUUUAAUAUAAAGCAAGAGAAUUAGAAGAUUCCUUAUUUAU